GACAGAGUGUGUUUACACUCCUCACACACACACACACACACACACACACUCCUCGCCACAGUGGUGGAUUUCUUCUUCUCGGAUCGCUGGGGUCCGAGCCUGCCGGAGCCAUGGCGCUGCUCCGGCGCGUGGAGCCGGUCAUCGUGCUCGAGCAGCUGGGCAACACGCUGUUCGAGACCGCGCUGCAGCUGGUGGUCAGCGACCGGAGCGCCAACGCCUCCUACCCGGGGCUGACCCCGGAGGACAGCCGGCAGAAAGCCAUCACGGACUUCUACCUGACCUACAGCCUGGUGGUCCGGUUCACCCCCAUCCUGCCCGCGCUGCUCCUGGCCCGGAUCAGCGACCGCGGCUGGCGCAGGGUCCCCGUGGCGCUGCCGCUGGGCGGGUACCUGCUGUCCCGGCUCGCGCUCCUCCUGGUGGUCGUGUCCGGGCUGCCGGUGUCCGUCAUGUUCGGGGGGGCGUUCCUGUUCGGGCUCUCCGGGGGAUACGGAGCCUUCUGGGCCGGGGUGAUGACCGUGGUGUCGCUGGGAUCCACCGGCAAGGACCGCUCCAAGGCCAUGAUGAUGGUGGAGCUGCUGUACGGGAUAGCAGGCCUGGUGGGCAGUCUGGUGUCCGGUCACCUGUUCCUGCUCUACACGUCCAGUCUGGGUCACGGGACCAUCCUGCUGAUCGUGAGCAUACUGCUCCACCUGCUCUGCCUGCUGCUCGCCGUAUUCCUGCUGCAGGUGAAGCAAGUCACCGGCGGCGGCAGCGGAGGGCCGGAGGAGGAAGGCCAUCUCCUGUCGGGUUCUUCUAACGAAGCCCCUGUCGUGGAGGCGGCGGCAGGAAUAGACAAGGUGAACGUGGCCCUGCUCUUCGUGGCCGCCUUCCUGUACGACUUCGCCGUGGGUGGAGCUGUGUCAAUGCUGGUCGCUUUUGUGCUGAAAGAGCCCCUCAGCUGGAACGCCACCCAGGUGGGUUAUGGAAAUGCUGCCAGCUGUGCCAUUUUCCUCACCAGCUUCCUUGGCGUCGUGGCGUUUCGCCGCUGCGUCAGCGACGUGGGCCUGAUCCUGAUCGGCAUGCUGUCGUUCGCCUCGGGGAUCUUCUUCAUGUCCUUCGUCACUGCGACCUGGAUGUUCUACCUCGCUCGUUUACUGACUCUGUUCGCUCUCAUCCCGAUGCCGACCAUCAGAUCUCUGCUGUCACAGCAGGUCCCAAGUUCCCUCUACGGCACCUCUCUCACCCUCCUGCAGAUCACUCUGAAGUUUGCCGGCCUGGCCUACCUCCCUGCUUUCACAAAGAUCUACCAGGGAACCCUGGACUGGUUCCCGGGCUUGGUCUUCAUGCUGGCCAGCUUGUUCACCGUGCUGGGAAUGGUCCCCAUCAGUAUAAUUGGAUGGAGACUGCCUCUGAGACAACGAUAUGAGAGAAUCCUGGGAGACUGAAGUCACGUCUGCAUCGCCACGUUGGAAAAUGAAAGUUAAAAAAGCGUGAAGAGCCUUUCAUGUCACAUCCUGUAUUGUUAGAGGAGGCUCCGUCUGUCACGAGAGGAAUCCACUGCAGGAUUUCCAAAUAUCUUAGAAAACUGAAAUUAGCCCGUGCUGAGCGGCUUUAAAUGAACGUACGUGCACUGACAGGGGAAAAUGAUCCUGAAUGUUUUCGACAUACACUCACAAAGCUUAUGAAAUUAUUGCAAAAAGACAGCAACAGAUUUCAUCAGCUAUUCAAAUUUGUGUUAAAAAAAACAAAAGAAGAGUGAAGUGAAAACUCAUUUCUGCAUAGCGUGGUGUUUUGUCAGUGAAUGUGUCAGGCAGGGAAAAGUCCCUGCUGAAAAUCACAGUGAUGCUCAAAAACAGAAGAAGAGAGCUGCCAAGUCACACACACACAUUCUCACUCCACAGGUCACUUUAUUCUACGACUGUGGAGAAUCCUGAAGCAAAACAGUUGAGGACUCACACUGUAGACCCACAACUAUAUGCUUUCCAUUUGGAAUCAAAACACAAAUAAAUAACAUUUAAAUGAGUACAACUGUACUUGAUACUCUAAAUAUCCUGUAGGUGUGAACGUGAGUGUGUGUGAUAUCAGUCUGUGUUUGUCCUGUGAUGGACUGCUGACCUGUCUAGGUGGAAUUUGCCUCUGUUGAGCUGGGAUCUUCUCCUCCACCUCUCCACCUUCAUCUGGAUGAAGUGGUGUCAAAGAUGAAUAAUGGUGACUUUGUUAUUAUUGUAUUUUAGUUAGCUUACUGCUUUGUGCAUCAGGUAUGUUCAAGUUUUCAGGAUUCUGUUUUUAAUCUUUUAUUUCACAUUUGGCAACACAAGGGAAGGUUACUCAUUACUUGCACUUUUGUAUGUGUCUCUGUACUUUCUUCAAUAAAGACGAUGAAUUCAUGAAA